GGUGUGUUGGUGCGGGUGGUCCCGGGAGUGGAACCAGAGACGAAAGAGAGUGAGUGGCAGGGCCACGUGUGAUCGGGCGGCGCCCCCUCCCUGGCUUGCGCGCCGCCCUCGCCCCGGAGCCCCGAGAUCCUGUCGGCCCGCUCAUGAGAGCCGUCGGAGAUUUGAAUCGGCGGUCGGUAGCGGCUGCCAUUUGAAUCGCUCGCGGGUUGGGGCCGUCGCCGCUCAGCACAGGCAGGCAGCACGCGCUCUGCAGUCUUCUCGGAGCAGCGCAGUUGGGCACCUCUCACUGGUGUUGGGAAGGUGAUUGGUUGUCAGCCAACCCGAAGCAGCUUUCCUUGGCAGUGGCUUUUAAGGCCGGUAGAUAAGAGAUUUACCAUCGGGGCACGAUGACCGCGUGCUUCCCGUCCCCGGCGGCCAUGGUGGGAGGCCACAGGGAGCGUCACGCCAGCAGCCACACGUCGCCGCCCAAGCUGGACGUGAUCCAGGACCUGGACCUCUACUACAUCCGUCAGCUGGCGCACAACAACAAGGAUUAUGACCUCGAACAGAAGAUCGAUGUGGAGAUCAAGAUCCGAGAGGGCUCGUCACGCCUGCUGGCCGCCUGCAAACACCCGCAGCAGUCGCUGGAGGCGGCCAAGACGCUGCUCACCUCCAACGAGCGCAUGGCCAGCUACCUGACGGAGCUGCAGUGCCGGAGGGACGCGGCACAUCCUAUCAAGCGGCGGCCGCACCUGGCGCGUCUGUGCGUCUCGGACGUGCGUAUGCCACUCAUCUGGAAGGAGGAGGACCACUUCCGGAACCGCGGAGACUUCCGGCGCUUCGCUGUCUUCUGCCUGGUGCGCGUCGGCACGGACAUCUUCGACACGACGCUGGUGAACCCCGUGGACCGGUCCAUGACGGAUGUCUGCUUUGACGACGUCUUCGUUUUUAAUCACGUGCCGCCGGACUUCACCUGCUCGCUGGAGGUGUACAGUCAUGUGCUACACGAGGACCUGAGCAUCGCCAGCACGCCGCGCAAGAUCCGGCAGACACUGCACAGCUCCAUCAGUCGUACAGUCGGCAAACGACUGGCCGCCAGCCUCAAGGACGAGCUCAGCGUCGAGAACAGCGGUCCGCAAUUCAACUGCAUCGCUCGCGCCAACCUGCACGUGCAGCAGGUGGACGAGACGGUGCGGUCGCACGACCUGACCCUGGCAGGUCAGGAGGCCAAGGCCGACCUGCCGCUGUUCGGGCAGAUCUGCUGCAGGCUGGCCGCCCAGCCCAACGUACACCUGGCCGACUCGGCCGCCGGCGCCGUCUCAUUGCAGCGGAGAGGCGCCUGGUGCCCGGCCUGGGCAGCUCUACGAGGCUACCAGCUGAGACUGUGGCCGUCGGCAGAAUCUAGUCCAGAGGGCGACGCCGAGCCGCUGCUCACCGUCCCCGUUAAUAAGGACACGGAGCUGGCGGCGGGCGCCGACGGCGAGCGCCAGCUGACGCUACGGCCGGAGCGGGGCGAUCGGCCGGCGGUGGCGCUCCGCCUCAGCUCGGAGGACGAGCUGGCCGUCUGGCGGGACGCCCUGGAGGCCUCCGUCACCGGCAGUCGGCUGUGGCGCCGCGCCGGCGAGCAGGAGAUGACGAUGCUGACGCCGUCUGUGCGCCUGUCCGGCCUCGGCCAGCGGCCGCGACUGCGCUCGCUGUACGAGCACGUAUCUCUGAAGGACGACUGCGCCUCGCCCGACCUACCACCGCCGCCGCCGCCGCCGCGGCCGCGCGCUCAGAGCUCCUCCGGCAUAGCCUCUUUCAUUCGCUGGGGAUCUCUCCGCAGCAGACGGAAGCUCAACUCCUGAAUACCACCGCCAGGUGGCAGCGAAUCUGCUGCCAUUCGGCAUUCAGAGAAGCUAGUGCCGGGGCCGAGUCACAGGGACCAUGUAGAGCUUAGCUGAAGUCUGAUUUGUAAGAAAUGCCCUUCUUUGUUUCUGUCGAGAUCCAUCGCAUUUAUCACGCCAUCAUGACGCCGGAUACAUCGCCUAGCUGCCGGGAGCCCAUGACCUGGAGAGAUGUGUCUAGCAGGUGCCUGUGCCCAGUCAGUACCGACAAUCAAGUGGUCAUGCGCAUGCCGUUGUGGGUUUUUUAAGGAUCCUUUACAUUUACCGUUAGGAAAAGCUGACCAAGCUGUGUGCUGUCUAGUUAUUACAUACCACCUCAGACAUCGCCCUGAGUAUAACUGUGCAUUCCUUCAGUAUGGGGAUCAAGGUAUGCUACUUAAAUAACUACAUGUGCUAACAGGUCCAAGUGACUAGGCUGAACGGUAAAUAGCCUAGCAUUUAAGGGAUAAAUUCCGGUAAUUUUAUGGUCCAGUUCCAAUGGUUUGGACUAACCGCCAGGACGCACUCCGUGGCGACAGUGGGUCUUGGUUUCAAAUCACUCCAGGCAGGCGCGUUCUUCGGGUGCAAUGAACCAGUUAUCGUUCCUACUCUCUGUAAAUAGAUUUAAUAGACUUUCGGAUGCUACUCUUGUUAGCUGAUGUUCCCCGCGGCGGUUUUGUGAUGACAGCACGGUGCCCCUGCGUUGUCUCGUGGCCAGUGAGUGGUGAGAGUGUCUUAGUGUCUAGCAGACAAUAAAGGUUUUUGUUGAUGG